AUGGUCAACAUGGCAACGGAGAUCAUUGCCUUUCUUCUAACCGUCUCUGGGUGGAUCUUGGUAUCGUCCACAGUGCCCACAGACUACUGGAAGGUGUCGUCCGUGGAUGGGACGGUUAUCACGACGGCAACGUUCUGGUCUAAUCUGUGGAAAACGUGCGUGACUGAUUCCACGGGGGUGUCCAACUGCAAAGACUUCCCGUCGAUGCUGGCUCUGGAUGCGUAUAUCCAGGUGUGUCGGGGUUUGAUGAUCGCUGCCGUUUGCCUGGGUUUCUUCGGUGCCACUUUGGCAUUGCUGGGAAUGAAGUGCACAAAAAUAGGGGGCUCGGACACCACCAAGGCUCGUCUGACCGUUCUGUCGGGCCUCCACUUCAUUCUCAGUGGGAUCUGCUGCAUGACUGCAUGUUCCAUAUAUGCUCGUAGGAUCACAACAGACUUCUUUGACCCAACGUUCGUUGCACAGAAGUAUGCAUCCAAGAUCAUAAAACAUUUCACCCAAAGAUUCACAUGA